UUUCUGUGCUGAACCAAGAUCCAAGCAUCGACUUUCAUGGCGACUCGGCUGCUACGAAGGCGAAUCUUCACCAUCUUUAGCCAAAAACAAUCUCGCAUACCUCUCCUCAAGGGAUCCUCAUUGCAUCAUCUUCCCUCAACAACCGUUCUGCUGAACGAUGGCACACAUUCACAGGUGAUGUUGGAUAGAAGAAGAAGAAUCCACACAGAGACAGAGCUUACCAUUAGAGCAAACGAAGAUGAGGAAACCCACGAACCCCGUUCAGACAAUUGUGAUACUGAUAGUUCUUCUGUGAAGUACACAGCCUUAUCUAACCUGAAAGCAUCGAAGCGACACGACCUAGCCAUGAUAUUUACCUGCAAGGUCUGUGAAACCAGGUCAGUAAAGACGGUUUGUCGAGAAUCAUAUGAGAAGGGUGUGGUGCUGGCGCGUUGCGGUGGGUGUAACAAUCUACACCUGAUUGCAGACCGGCUUGGGUGGUUCGGAGAACCAGGAAGCAUUGAGGACCUGUUGGCUGCUCGUGGGGAAGAAGUGAAGAAAGGCUCUAUUGAUACUCUUAAUCUAACUCUUGAAGAUUUGGCUGGAACCAGUUCUACUGGGUAGAUUAUGAGAUUCUAUCUGCAACAACAUUGUAAUUGUUUGUUGUUGAUU